AUGGCGAGUCAACGUGUCUUCGCCGCAACCCAAGCCCAUCUUAGGAUGGUCCACCCUCGUAUUGAGAGGCACGGCAAGGCCUUGUCACAAGGAGCCAUGAUUGGGACUGCUAUUGCUUUCCCUGUCGUCCAAAACCAGGGACGAUUCUACUACUACCUUACCUUGAGCAUCUUCUUGCUGUCUACCUUGAUAUACAACGCCCUGAUGUGGAGAGCUGUCGUCAGAUACUUCUUUCUGUCAUUGGUCGUAGUCGGUGGUCCUCCUACUAUAUUGCUCGUGAAUCCCGACGUCUCUAUGACCUCUUCGGCGGCGCACAUCCCACUUCUCAUUAUGCUCAUGAGCCUGGUCAUCCACGAGUUCUCUAGGCUGCAGCUGAGGCCCCUGGGAGGGUGGCACCUACUGCCGGAGUCCUCUCCUGGAACACCCGGAUCGUUCUUAUCACGCAGCCUCCUCUUGGACAAAGGACUGCUUGAUGUCGAAUCUCAAGAUGAGUAUAUGAGCAACGCACCGUUUGAUCACAAGAAUCCGUUGUUGGACUUCAUGGAAGCCACCGCAGAGCAUGACCGCUUGCCAAGUCAGAGAUCAUCCGAUAUUACACUUUCAUCCGGUGAACCAGGGAGUUUGCCAUCCUCAUGGGGUUCCUCGGUCCGGAACUUCUUCCCGCAUUACUCAGACCAGAGGAAUAGGACCCAGGGUUUGGACCAUGAACCUGCUGUCCCACGGAGGGAGACUGCAUAA